AUGGCUACAUGUGUUGGCGGCAAUCUGAAUGUCAGUGGGGGUGGAAUGGACGUCCAUUCCAUUCAGGUGGAUAUGAAAUACAACAUAUCCAAAUCAAAAGCGAUAAUUUCCGCCGGGAAGGGGUUACAUUGUGGUGUCAAAGUCAAUGAGUUGAGUCGAACACGCUGGACCCUAAGCCGUUGGACGUCAAACCCGUCCAACCAGGAGUCAGAGAUGGAGAGCCAGCAGGGUGAAACCCACAUCAGAUUCAACAGCACAUGCAGUCCCAGAAUGGCCAGAAGUGUGAGCAAGAGCACAGACAACAACAUAAAUGAAAGCAUCACCAAGAAUGAGGCUUCAACUAUCUCCUCGUCCGUAGGUUUGUGCAAAAUUAGCGUGGUUUCAUUAGUGUAUAUUAUACGAGAUCUCAUUGAAUAA